AGAGGCAAGAAAAGGCCCUGGCCAACCAUGGCAAGGAACGUAAAUAAAGCCUCCCAUGCAUGAAUUUACUAAUAACACCAACGAGUCUUCAAGUGUUUAUCCACCAACAACUUCAAACAUUUAUAAUAUAAAUAGGACCGUCAAUUUCAUUGCAUUUGCAUAUCCCAACUUUACAUAAUUUCCCAAAGCCUUGUUCCUUUGUCUAGCCAUAUAUAAUAACUAUUUUUUCCUUCUUCUAUAUUGUACAUCUUUUUCUCUUUUGCAAACCUUUUAAAGACCAAUAUGUCUGAGGAACACCACCACCACCACCACCUCUUCCACCACAACAAGGAUGAAGACAAGCCCAUCGACAUCGACGCCGGUGGCUCCGACUCCACCGACGUAUAUGUUCAUUCCCCUGAUCAUGAAAUAGACUACAAGAAGGAGGAGAAGCACCACAAGCAUCUCGAGCAGCUCGGCAAGCUCGGUGCUGCCGCUGCCGGCGCUUAUGCCUUGCACGAGAAGCACGAGUCGAAGAAAGAUCCAGAACAUGCUCACAGGCACAAGAUUGAAGAGGAGAUUGCGGCAGCGGCCGCCAUCGCAGGGGGAGGGUUCGCCUUCCACGAGCACCAUGAGAGGAAAGAGGCAAAGAAAGAAGAGGAAGAGGCUCAUGGAAAGAAGCACCACCACCAUCUCUUCUAAUAUGCUCACCAUGGUCACCAGUGUGAAACUAUAUAUAUGCUAAAAAGGAUAAUAAUAUCUGUGAGGGGUGUGUAAUAAUAUAUAUAUAUAUAUAUAUGCUUCGUGAGUGAUGAUGUUUAAACGGGUAUAUAUUUAUUAUUAGUUUGCUUUUCUUACAGCUUAUGUGAUUUAUUUUAUGUCAAUUCGAGGACAUUAUAAACUUAAUAUGUAUGAAUUCCUUUCUUAAUCACA